ACUGUGCGCAGGCGCGCUGGGAAGAUGGCACCUGCCGCUGCGUUCGGGGGCCGUUGGCCAAGUGUCAGUGCGCCGUCGGGGCUGCUCUCGACGCUGCUGUGGCUGCUGGCGGCGACUCGGCUGGCGCUCGCCCUGACGGAGCAGUACCCGUCGUUAUCGCUUCUUAGGCAGGAGCCGCGCCGUCAGCAGGGCCAAGGGAGCAGAGGCUGCCCGGAGUUCCUGGCGGCUGAGUGGGGAGGGGAACAGUACGCGGCGGCCGCAGCCGGCGACUGUGGUGAGUGACGGGAGGGAGGGAGGAAAGAGCCAGCGGCGGUUGCUCGGCUUUCUGGCGCGGAGGGGGAGCCACGCCGCUGCCCUCCACCCUCUUCGGGUCCUGCCUGAGGCGGCGGAAUCCUGAGGUGGCUGAGUGGGCUGUACCAUUUCAGGGCGCAGGUGGGGGGGGGGAGAUAAGAAGCUCUCUCAGCCCAACAGGCAGAGGGGUCUCUGCUAGACCCUUCCAUGCUUUGCUUUGGCUCUUAUCUACCUAGAGGACAACCCCACUUCCCAGCAAUUUCAUAUUCCGCGCCUGCAUUUUGAAGUGGUACAGCCCGGCUCUCCGCCUCCUUAUGACUUGACACUUCAUUCCGCCGCAUGUGUGGACCGGGCCUGAGGGGAGAAAGGGCAGGGCGCGCCCUUUGCUUCUCUUUCCGAAGUGUUCUCCGCUCCGCUUGCUUAAGGGAGAGGCGGCAAGUCUCGGCUGGCUAGAAAGCGGCUGUGUUGAGUGAGGAGCUGCUGCUGCUCCUGCUGCUGCCGCCGCCUCCUCUCCCAAGGGGCCAAGCCGGCUCGUGCAAAUUCACCUGUCAAGUUCUUUUGAGUAGCGGCGGAGAAGCGGAAAGCUCUUCCUGACUCUUCUCUUCGCUUGCCGCGCUCUGCACAGUGUCAUAAACCGAAGCCCUGAGGCGCUUUCAGUGAAGCGAAAUCCAACUCCGUAGGUGCACUUUAAUUUGCCCUUGCCUUCCCCUUCUGAUGUUUCAUUGCGGGGACUUAGUAUACAGUUAAACAGCAGCAGCAGAAGGGGAAGGCAAGGGCAAAUUAAAGUACCGGUACACCUACGUACUUGGAUUUCGUUCCAUUCAAGAGCAAGGAACUAAAGUUUCCUUGCACAUUUUACCUCAUCUAGGUGCACACCUAAACAUGUAGAGUGAAUGCAGCGCGAGUGUUCUUUAUUUACUGCAUUUCCCCGUGUAUAACACGCCCCCGUGUAUAACACGCCCCCUAUUUUUUGAGACUCCAAAUAAAGAAAUCCCCCAUAUGCAAUAUCCGUGUUAAACUUGAAAAAAUAGUCUUAUACACAAAAAAGGUACGUUUAGCCGUUGUAUGGCAUCCCAUAACACAAGGUGCAAUAUUUGAACGAUUAGCCUAGAAAUGUUCUUUCCAUGUGAACAGUUGUAUAAUUAGCACUGCCUUCCUUAGUGUCCAAAUUCUGUAGCCGUUUUAAGCUGAGCAUACCAAUUAACAGUGAAAAUGUUUCCAUUUUAGAUUCUUCUUUUUUGCACUUUCAUGACUCAGACUGUGAACUACAAAGGUCUCCCUCUUGUGAAUCCCUGCUUUCCCUCAAUACUGAAAAACUUUUGGUAUGUUUAUUUGUUCACUGUGUAUAGCAAGGAGACUGCUGAUGAAUUUUGCUGAAGUGACAUAUCUAUUACAAUGAUCAUAAUACUUAAGAAAUGUAUUUAUCAAUCCAAAGGAAAGGAAAUCAAAUUUAUUAGAUUACAUACACUGUUUGAAGACUGCAGAGGUUAAGAUGCUAACAGUAUUUGAACUAUGAAUAUCACUGAAACUAUAAAUAUUUUAACUUGUUUUAAAGAAUAUAUGUUAUUUUCCAGAUCCAUUAGAACCAGCUGUUCUUGCUUUAUCUGGUGUUAAAUUUUGAUGUGAUAAGCACUUUGGACCCAAUCUAGCUAAGCAUUUUUAAGUCACAUGAUUUCCGUGGUAGAAUUAAGCCUUUGCUUGACACUGUUGCAGGGAAGUCACUGAGACUUAAUUUAAAUUUGGUUUGUUCUUGUCCUCGAUUUUUAUUUUGGUGGUAUUAGUUUAAUUUGGUAAAUGUUUUGCAGAGUCAAGCAAAGUCACUUGCAGAACAAAAAAGAUUUCCAUUUGCCACAGAUGAUGACAAUACCAAUGAAGAAUUAGGUAAGAGGUUCUGUGUGUGGUUGGUGAUCGGUAGUAGCUAUAUAUAGUUGAAUUAUAUCACUUAUGAGUGCUGCAAAAUGUUCUGAAAAUAGUGGUACUGAGAUCUAAUAAUCCUAAUUCAUUUUUAAAUACUUGACCAUGACUGUCCACAGAAUAAAAUUAAGAUGAAGAGCAUUAGGUUGUAUUCAGUCCUGUCUGUGUGUGAGUGGACCAGACUAUUACUUAUGCAGUGGGAGUUCAUGGUCCCCUCAUCCCGCUUCACCCUGCCUUCCUGGCAGCCCUCCACAUGCCUGAAAAAUCUGCUCUAGAAGGUUGGUGUGCUGGAGGACAGAUUUUGGAGGAUGGUGAAAUUCCUGUCACAGGUUUGGAAGGCUGCUUGUGUAACAUUGGAUUCUGCCCAUUGACACUUAUAAAAUAAUUCAUUUUUGCAUUCUGUCCUCUUAACCUGAAUUCUCCAGUGUUAUGCUCAUGCUGAGUCUUUAUGUAAUAAUUAUUGUGGGUAGAUUCAUACAUACAGUUGGAUGUGUUAACCAUUUGACUUUUAUCUUAUCUUUAUAGUAGAGAUAACCACAUAGGUGAAACACAAACACAGGCCUGCACAUGUGAAUCCAGCUUCACUUUUAACCUGUCACCAAUCUUGCUUGUUCCAGCUGGUUAUAGCAUCCAUCCUGGAGUUGGUCUUCUAGUCUAGUGGCAUUGCACUGCCACCCUGUCAUUAUCCUGUGAGCAUUUUUAUUUACACAUAACACUGGACUUCUCUGCUUUCAGUGGUACUUUAGUCAACUAGUUGUAAGUAUGUCUACUUGGAAGCAAGUCCACUGCCUUCAGUGGGACUUAUUCCCAGGUAAAUGUUUAUAGACUUGCCUUCUGGAGCAGAUUUACAGGGCUAGCAGGGAAGGUCCACUGCACAGCUAAAACUCCUUGCAGUAGUGAUGCUGUUUAAUGGGAAACCACAUUAAAGACUUAAAGACACAGACUUUAAGAUGGAGUGGCUUUCCAGGCUUUCUCAGUCCUAUGUGGAGAAGCUAGGUUAAUAUCUUUAUUGAAUAUUUCUAUGGCUUUAUCCAGAUUGCCUGUUUGCACUUCAGUUACCCCCAUAGAUGCCAGAGAUUGAAUGAACCCAUUUAAAUGGGUGGGAUUGGAAUGUUUUUCUUUGUUACUUAUUGCCACCAAGUGGAAAUUUUAAAUUACCCAAAAGUGUACAGUGAUGCAAAGUGUGGUUUCAAGCCUUGGGCUACGCUUUACAGGAAAAAAAUCACUGAAUAUUUUAAAUGUUGAUACUUUAAUGAAACUAUUUCCUUAUUAUUAUGUUGUAUUUGAUAGCUUAUGAAAUAACUUCUAUUCAAAACACUCUUUUCAGAAAUCAUACCCCUCAAUUAAACUCUUUGGCAGGUAUUCAGCAAUUCUUAUAUGCAUGGCAAAUGUGGAAUUCAUAACAUAACACUAACCCGUAACACUAUUUUGACAGCUUUCGCUUAUGUAUUGAUUGGCAGUGGCCUUUAUGAUGAAGCUGUGCGGCACUUCUCCACAAUGCUCCAGGUGAUUUUUCACUCCUAUUACAUUGUAGUUUUAGACUUAGAUAAUAGAACUCCCCAAGGUAGAAUACCUGCCUUCCUAGAGAAGAGUGACAGAUGGCAGAAACUGCUUAGCCUAUGGGUAGACAAACUAAGGCCCAGGGGCUGGAUCCGGCCCAAUUGCCUUCUAAAUCCGGCCCGCAGACAGUCCGGGAAUCAGUGUGUUUUUACAUGGGUAGAAUGUGUCCUUUUAUUUAAAAUGCAUCUCUGGGUUAUUUGUGGGGCCUGCCUGGUGUUUUUACAUGAGUAGGAUGUGUGCUUUUAUUUAAAAUGCAUCUCUGGGUUAUUUGUAGGGCAUAGGAAUUCGUUCACCCCCCCCCCCCAAAAAAAUAUAGUCUGGCCCCUCACAAGGUCUGAGAGACAGUGGACCAGCCCCCUGCUGAAAAAGUUUGCUGACCCCUGGCUUAGCCUAUAUACUGUAACAGAUGGAUGGAUGGAAUGGAAACUUGAAUCUAUAAAAGGGAAAUGGGUCUGAGGCAGAACUCCUUGAAGGUAACAGAGUUAAAAAUGUAAACAGAAGGAUAUAAGUUGAUGUGAAGAGGGAUAUGACUGUUAUGGAAAUGUUACAUGGGGAGGCAACUUAGCUUAACUUGACAUGCAACUUCUUGGGGUCUUGAUAGGAAAAUUUCACAAACUAUAAUCGAGCAGGCAUGUCUACUCCGAAUCACAGCCCAAUAUGAUUACACUAUUGUAAAGGUUCAGGCUGGAAGGUUUUGGUAGGUUGAAUUCCUUAGUCCAUAACUGUUGCAAGUCUCAAAACUAGAUAUGGCAUGUGUGUCCAUGUAUGAUUUUGAGUGGGGAAAAUGGCUGGCAGAGAAAGAGUUCAAUAGUGCUACUAUUCUUCUACUCAAAUUCACAGCCACCUAAAGCUGAUUUUAGUGGCAGUGGGAAAUGUCAGCAGAACUUGGCACAUCACAUAUAAGUUCAAUUCCUUCAGACUCAAACUAUAUGACUUUGAAAAGCAGCUCUGCUGACCCAAUCACCAGAACACUUUUCACUUCUCCUGUUGUAUUAUGGAAAUUUUGUGUAGCUGUAAUUUAUGCAUUCAUGUACCAGAAUGUAUUAUUUAAUAUAUGAAUAUGAAAUGAGAUUUGUAACUACAGUAUAGCAAAGAAGAGGUCUGAAAUGAGCAAUGGUUUUUAAAGUAAUAAAAAUGCAGAGGUUAAUAAGGAGUUUACAGAGACAGUGCAAAGACUAAAGGAGCACACACACUCCACUCCUAUAGUAGUUUCCCCUUUUAAGCAUCUUCUGUGUAAAACUGCCCACCAAGCUGCUCUUUAAUUGUAUGCAUAAGCCCAAAGUAACUCCUUAGAAAUGCAAAUGAAUGUGGAUGAAAUGCAUGAAUUUUGGCUUUGGUUAUGUAUGAUGGAAUGUAGCAUUCACUAUUAGGACAAGUGGAACCUUCUAAAGAUUAUUUUAUUUUGCUUCAAAUAGGAGCAACCAGAGCUUGUUAGUGCAAUUUAUGGACGAGGGAUAGCAUAUGGAAAGAAAGGGCUGCAUGUGAGUAUAACAUUUUUAAAGCCGCACAUGAUAAUGAAUUUUAUAAUAUAUAUGCAUUCACCAGGGCUGGCCUAAGGCAUUUUGGUGCUUGAGGUGAACAAAAAAAGUGUCACCUCACCUGGUACUCAGAGAUAGACUGCUCCUGAACCUGGGGCCUCUAUUUGUUUCUUACAGUAAGCGGUUAGAAUUGCAACUUUGCCUAAGGCAGAAGAUUUGCAAUAAUGAGGCGGGGGUUGGUAUUGGUUGGUUCUAGACAGCUGUGUGAAGGAUUCUCUUUUCCUUCAGGAUUGUUGGGAUCAGACACUGCUGUCACUCUCUGCAUAUUUUUAAUGAACAACAUCGGUUGUGUGACGUUUCCUUCUAUUCAACUCCAUGACUCCAUACUCUCCACUUCCAGGGAAGCAGUUCCCCCAGCAGUGGUCAUGGCACUCUAGCCCAGGGUAGUCAACCUUUUUAUACCUACCGCCCACUAAUGCAUCUUUCUUGAUGUUAAAAUUUCCUUACCACCCACCAGUGCUCGAUGGAAGGAGGAUUCAGCUUGUGCCGUAGAACCCCCUACUGCCCACCUAGAAUCCUGUAACGCCCACUAGUGGGCGGUAGGGACCAGGCUGACAACCCCUGCUCUAGCCCUGUACUUAUUCCAAACCCAGAAGUUAUUUGUACAGUCCCUUCACUUCCGAUUGCUUUUUAGGAUACAUACUAUUUUUGCAACUACAAUAAUGAUAAAAUAUAAAGAUUUUUAUUUCCCUUCUACCAUCUGAGGCAGUUGCCUCAUGGUGCUUCAUGGGCAGGCCAGCCCUGGCAAUAGCAGAUUCAUGAUGGUCCCAUAGUAACUGGAAUACUUAGCCUUGUUUGUUCUGAUGUUGCAUGUAUGUGACUCUUAGCACACAUCAAAAUAUUCCAUGAUGAAACCAAGAAUUUUGAUUCACUGAGUGUUGUACAAUUUAAAAAUUGUCACCAUAACCUCCCUAUGACUAAGCAUACAUUGUUACUUACAUAUUUCCCCCCCAUUUUUAAGGAUAUAAAAAAUGCAGAGCUAGCUUUGUUUGAGCUGAGCAGAGUCAUUAGUCUGGUCCCAGAUCAAGCUGAAGUGUUUGAGCAGCGAGCAGAGGUAUUUCUUCCACUUUUAAAAGAUUUUCUGAUGUCUAUACCUUAUCUAUACCUUAUUGUUAUUUUGUUUAUCCAGUUAUUUUCUGUAUGUUUCUAUAUGUUUAUUGUUGAAAGUUCUUGGUCAUAUUCCUAAUAAUAUAUGAAUUAAGAUUUGAUGUUAAUCAAUAUACAGCUAUCAAUACAUUAAGACAAAAAUAAAAUAGAAUAAAAAUACCAAAGCUACUCACUUUCCUGAGGCAACGUUCUUCCGCUAUUUCAUCCAGCGGAUUCACGGGACAGCCCAUAAUAUCUUGUGCUGUAUUCACCACGCUCUGUAGGCGCUUCCUAUCAGAUGAUGUCAAACCAGUGUACCACACCGUGAUGCAGUAUGAAAGGACACUUUCUAUUGUUGACCGGUAUUUUAUUUCUAUUGAAAAGCAUAAUUACACUAGUGUUUGUAGCUGUCAGCCUUCAGAGGGUCCGUGAAUGUCAUUAACUCUUCAUUUUCUUUGUUAAUGUAUAGAAGGAUGCUUGUAAUAAUAAAUGCAACAAUUUUCUUAUAAGCUAUACAGAUGGGCUUAGAAAAAAAUUAGUAGGAAGAAAUAAGUCAUUUCAGUAAAACCCAAACCCACUUUUUCUCCUUCAGCCCCUUAAUACCUGACAAAAUUAAUAGGUCUUAGUCUGCUUUUUAAAGUUAAAUAGAUGUAAUGUAAUAUAUGCAUGUGCUCCAAUCAAUUUUAAUGUACAACUUUUUUAUGUAAAUAAUGCACUUGUUUAAUUACUCAACACAAAAUUAAUUUUUUGUGCAUAGUUAUUACAUAUUGCAACCUAAAAUCAUUUUGAAAAUGAAGGAUUAUUUGUACAAUCUUGCUCAAAGUAUUAUCUUGGUUUUACAGAUACUGUCUCCUCUGGGUCAAAUGAGUGAAGCGCUGGCUGACCUCACUAAAGCUAUUCAGCUAAAACCCUCCGCACGACUUUACCGACACAGAGGUACUCUUUACUUCAUAUCUGAGGUUAGUUUUCAGUUGAGCACCUGCAGAGAAUGAGCUGGGAUAGGUGCUUAGUCUCAAGGGUCAUAUUUGCAAUGUAUUAUAAGCUACAAGCUAUUCUAUCUAUCUCCUUUAAAGAGAACUGAGUUUGGGAGGCAGAGGGAGAUCACCUAUUCUCUUGCCCGAUCUCUUGCAACAAGAUAGCCUUACAGAAUCUGUCUGAGGAAACAGAUUCAAGUAUUUUAGACUGAGAGAAACUGCUGAUACAUAUUUUUGUUCAGCACCUAUUUUUGCAGGAAGGGUGUACAAAAGCAAUUUUCGUGAUGAUUUUUUAAAAGCGUAUAAUUUGUUUAUUUAAGGCACAUAUACACUACUACUUCUUUAAAGAGUUCAAGGCAGAACACAAUUUUUUUAAAAAAAAAAUUCAUUCUUUUAGAGCACCAACUUGGUUACAAAAGUAUUAUUUCAAAAAGUAGAAGGAACAGCUGAUAUCUGUAGAGAUUUUGGCAGCAGAUUAUUUCUGGGGACUUUUCUUGACUUAUUAUCACUCCAGUUUCUUCAGUUACCAUAAUUUAGGUUGCUUUUCCCCUGGAACCAUUAUAAAAAUAGAGGGAAUAUAUUUCUUUUGGAACCUACUGAAUUCAGUGAAACUCCCAAGUAAUAGGUCUAGGAUUGUAGCCCAAGACCACCAUAAACUGUUCUUUUCAUUUUAAGAGUUAAUAAUUUUGUGAUAUGGAAGGCUUGGUAUCCUGUAACUACAACAUUGUUUGUGUUGCCUUUGUGUUAGAUCUAGCAGUUUUCUGUCUGAUGGAAGUUGUUUUUCUGUCACAGGACUAUUCAAGUGCCCAUGAAGACUUUCAGAACUCCCUUGAACUAAACAAAAACCAGCCUAUAGCUAUGCUUUACAAAGGUUUAACAUUUUUUCAUAGAGGACUUCUAAAGGUAAUUAUUUUGAAUAACUGUGCAAUUUCUACUAUAUGUGUGAUGAAUGCAUAUGCUUGUUUGUUUGUUUGUUUGUUUGUUUAUUAUUGAAUUUAUAUACUGCCCUUUAGCUGGAGGUAUGUUACCAUUAGCAAUUAACAAAGUCUGCUUUAUGAUUGUUCCAAUCCAGAGUGUUUAGCCUUAUCUACUCCAGGUGUCUUUCCAAAGGUCCAGACAGGGGCCUUUACAUAGCUUUUCACAGCUGUUAGUUGUAACAGAGUUGUUUAAUGAGAAUGGAACACUUUUGACAUGUCAGAUUCAAAAUGUUUCAGCAGUAACUACCUUCAUUUGUAUCUAAGAGACUUCACAGUAGCAUAAUUGUACUGUGUCAAAUAAUUACAUGUAUCUAAUUUAUCCGUUGGCAUUACAUCUAUUUGAGUGUUUGGAUUGGUGCUUAAAAUAUCUGAUAAAUAAAUAUAGAACAAUCUAGAGAGAUUUUAAAAUUGUUUAGUCCCCCACUCCUGUCCCUGAUGUUAGUUAUUUGUUGAGUUUAUCAUUUGGUUGAUAGACCUUAGGCAAAUUUGUGAUAACAAAAAUGUAUAUUAGUAGAUUGGUUGUGUGAUCCUAAGAGAGACUAAGCUUUUUGGACAUUUCAUAUUUCAGUCUCUGAGGACAUUUUUGCACAUGCAGUUAUAAAUAUAUUGUCCAAUGUAUUGCCUUGUGUUUACCUGUACAGAUCUCCCACAAAGUAUUUCCAUAAUUAUUAAAAAAUCCCAAUAGGAAUCUUAAUCUUAAUCUUAAUAGCACAAUAUUUUAAUUAACAAGAGUAAAUGGUUGUGUUUUACCCAGGAAGCUAUUGAAUCAUUCAAAGAAGCCCUUAAGCAGAAAGCAGAUUUUAUUGAUGCAUAUAAAAGUCUGGGGCAGGCCUAUCGGUAAGCAAAAUGCCUUUACAUUUCACUCUUUGACCCUCAAAUGUGAAUUGUUUAAGGAACAUAUAGAAGGGAGGUUUUCAUCCAGACUGUGUUAUGCUGGUUUGUUAAAAUGUUCGGAUAUCACUUUAGUGAUAUAAUAUGAGACUGAAACGUAAUUCCAAUAAUUUAAUGAGGGGGGCAAGUUAUUUUAAGAUUACUUUGGAGUAAAAAGACUUCCUUUGCCUUAAAUAAUAUAUACUUUCAAAGUCAUUUUCCUGACUGGUCUUUUUAUAUCUUAAACAGAUUAAAUUAGAUAAUACAGUCAGAUACAUCUCUACUAAGGAGUAGGAACAAUUGCAGCCUAAUCUUUAGUACAUGCAUGUAGGAUUGCUGCUUGAAAAAAAUCACAGAUUUAUUGUUUAAAAUAUUUUUAAUAUGAUACUGAUUUUUAGAGCCCACGUUGGUUAAUUUCAGUAAAUAGCAACUUAGCUAAAUAAACAUUUUAAUUGCUGUUUUUUGCUAUUUAUUUAUCACUUUAGAGAGCUUGGUAACUUUGAAGCUGCUACAGAAAACUUUCAAAAGGCACUGAUGCUAAAUCAAAAUCACGUUCAGACAAUACAACUUGGGGGAAUGAUGCUUUAUCAUCAUGGUAGCCUGAAUGAAGCUCUGAAAAACUUUAAGGUAAGCAAUUGUGACGAGUUACAGCAGUUCCGUCAUAUAUACUCAUAUCUGUCUGUGCUGUGUGUGGUUAUUAUAUAUGCAAACAAACAUAGAUACAUAAAUGAGACACCUUUAGGCUACUAAGCUCUCAAAUGUGCAUACAAUCACAAAGACUUUCAUGUUCACUGUCAUGUAUAAGAAAAGUUGCAGCCUUCUUGAGGGCUUCCUUUAGAUUGAAAGACUGUCUUGAAAUUUCUGUCCAGUGGAUAACAGUAGAAAUGGACUGGACAAAAGCCUUUCCCCUGUGGAAGGUUUCUGCUUGUUUGUUUUAAAAACUGGCACAUCGCUUCUCAUUUUCUUCUAACUUCCACAUAGACUCAAGAUGGCUGGGACAAAUUACUUUUCUACUGUCGUGGAUGUGUGGAUAAAGAGUAAAUAAAUAUCUGUGGUUUGUUUAUCUGCAAUCUCACAAAUGUAUUGAUUAUUCUCUUUUCAAUUUUCUAGAGGUGUCUGCAACUAGAACCAUAUAAUGAGGUGUGCCAGUAUAUGAAGGGUCUUAGUCACGUUGCUAUGGGGCAAUUUUAUGAAGGAAUAAAAGCUCAAACUAAAGUUAUGUUAAAUGAUCCUUUGCCUGGUCAGAAAGCUAGUACAGAGUACCUGAAAGUGAAAUACCUCAGAGGUAAGUUGCUGCUAAUGAAAUUUUCAUUGUUUCAUACCCAGAUCCAGGACCUUUUUCAGCUAGAACUCAGUUCCGGCACCUCUCGGGUGGGCACCAUUGCCAUUAUAAGAGAACAAGGUUCAUGGUGUGUUCCAGUACCUCUUUUUCUAGAAAAAUAGCACUGCUGAAACCUAUGUUAACUUAAGUAUCAAAUUUGUGCACAUUUUUUAAAAAAUUGCUGUAUGUACUGUAUUGUGAAAUUCUUUACAGCUUUCUUACCUCAAAGAAAACAUAACAGAAAGUUUUUUUCAGGUUUACAUACGGUGGUAAAAAGUACUUAUUUAGGCUUGUACAUCAAUCCUAGCUAUCCAUUAAAUUUAUUGCUAAUUGGCAUGCCCUUUCUGUAGAUUUGUUUUUAAUUGAAAAUAUAAAGUUAUGUAUAUGACUACUUACGUAACUAUUGGCUCAGGAUAUUUUUUCCUUAAUAAAGACUGAAUUUGUGCAGUUGUCCAUAUGUACCCUGAUCAAUUGGAUACAGUUUGCCAAAGAGUUAAGUAUGUAUUUCAAGGAAAAGGAGACAUAUUAUUUUAAUUAUUUAGAAAAUUUAUCCCCCCAAAAAUUCUUCAAGUGGAGUACAUUGAAAUGGCAUUGUGAAGUUGUAAGGUUUAGUGGUUGCAGUGAUGAAAGUUCCUCACUUAAAUAAUCUCUGCUAAUGGAAGAAAUAUUAGGGAAAUGAUCCACAAGUUUAUACUACUUUAAGGAAGUACAGUGCUUUUGUAUGGAAAGGUCCCCAGUUACAGCAUGUAAACAGUAAACAGUGACAUGGUUGUAGUUUGUGUGUGGAUUUGGGGGAGGGCCAUAGAUCAGUGGUAGAGCAUGUGCAGAAGGUCCCAGUUCAAUCCCUAGCAUCUCCAGGUCGGGCUGGGAGAAAUGCCUUUCUGAAACCCUGAAGAGCCACUGCCACUUAGUGUAGACAAGACAAAGCUAGAUGAAUCCAGCUCAGUAUAAAGCAACUUCAUAUGAGCUCCUUACGUAUUUUUCUUCAGCACUGCAGAUCGCUUGAAAAGCAUUUUGCCUAGAGAUCAUUUAAGCUGACUUGCAGGAAAAGGGGCUAAAUGAUAUUUACUUCCUUCACAGAAUAUUCUCGCUAUCUGCAUGCCCACCUUGAUACCCCACUUACAGAAUACAAUAUAGAUAUGGAUCUUCCUGGGAAGUUUAAAGAUCACUGGGCCAAAAAUCUUCCUUUUCUCAUAGAAGACUAUGAAGAACAGCCAGGACUACAACCACAUAUAAAGUAAGUACCGUAUUUUUUGUUCCAUAAGAUGCACCUGACCAUAAGAUGCGUGUAGUUUUUAGAGGGGGAAUGCAAGGGGGGGAAAUUAUUUAAAGGGAGCGCUGAGCAGAGCCUAUAUGCAUCCCAGGCUCUGCUCAGCGCUUCCUUUCACAAGCUGCGAGGAGCGUGUGUGAGGCACUUGCAGGCUUUUCCCCAAGGAGGAAAGCUCUUUAAAGGGAGCGCGGCUAUCCCAGGCUUUUGCGGGAGGUGGGGGAAGGGACAGAGGGGCUGCCCUAUCCCUUCCCCCACCUCCCAGAAAAGCCCAGAGGCUCCCCGUAACCCGAAGAGGCUUCGCACGGCUAAGCCAGAAGCUAGAACAGCAAGAGGGAGCGCUGCGCAGCGAUCCCUCUCACUGUUUUGGCUUCUGGGAUAGCUGCGCAGCCUGCAUUCGCUCCAUAAGACGCACACAUAUUUCCCCUUACUUUUUAGGAAGGGAAAAGUGCAUCUUAUAGAGCGAAAAAUACGGUAACUAAAUUUACCAAUUAUUGGGCUCUACUGGAAAUGUUUGCUAGUGGUAGUUCAAGGUUUAACUUUAAUCACAUGGCUUCAAAUACAGUCUAUGGUUUUAUAGAAUGUGUUUGUAACAGGUACAAGUUGAUUUCUAGCCUGCACCAACUCCAAAAAUGUGUUCUGCUGAAAAUGGACCUAUUGAAAUAAAUGAACUACUCUGAGUAUGACUUAGUCAUAACCCUUUAUGUUUUUUGUUGUAUUUCAGAUUUCUAGCACCAAUUUCCAACACUAGUUUCUUGCUGUUCUAUACUACUUUUAUACUGGUUUUGUGCUGGUGUUGGGUUUUAUGUUGGUUUUACUGAGUUAGUUUAUGAUCUUUAAUAUAUGUUGUUUGGUUGUAUUAUUGAUCCAUAACUUUUUAACCUGCCAAGGGGACUUAGUUGGUGGACAGCAUAAUAAGUAAUAUUAAUUUAUGGUCCAUUUUGUUCUUGAAACUGAGGAAAACCAAAUACCUCAACAAUCCUAGAGGUCCAAAAUAAUGAAAAGCUAGUGCAGAAAGUGGCUUCAUUGUUCUACAGUAUGCCUUUUAGUCUGUACUAUAAAGAACAGUUUCUGCAAAUGUUUCUAUUUAUUUUUCUUAUUUUUCACAACAAUUCAAAUUUUAUGGUGUGUUGUGGCUCUGGAGCUGUCAUUUCACUUAAGAAAGGCAACUCUGGAUUAUUCUUUUUCCCCCCAGUUGUAUUUCCUCAGAAGCUGAGGACUCUGUAUAGUAUGUGACAUUCCUGCAAAUGAAAGAAUUCUGGAAAGCAACUCGAUGAUCUCUGAAACAGAAUUUGUUAGAUUAUUUGUUAGAGGCUGAUUAACUAUUGGUUGUUCAGAGGGCACUUGGAAGUUGUGAUCUUGGUAUUCUUGCUGGCAGGAUAAGCAGAAGUUAAGACUCCUUUAGAUGGAUGUGAACAGGCGGUCCUUGACCUUUCAAUAUGUUUGUUGGACUCCAUCAGAUCCCGUGACUUCUAUGGUUUAAAUACAACAGAUAACAGGGUCACUUAUAUUACAAAAUUAAUUAUUCCUGUCCAACACAGAGCCUUUAUGUUACCCCGACUGAAUAUUUUCCCCUCAGCUUUCAUCAAGGGCAGAUAUUUAAACAUCUCCAGAAAUGAUAGACAUUGCGGAUGUUUUUCGAAUGUGCUGGACACUGUAGAAGGUAUUAUUUUCUACUGUCCAUUGUACAACCAGCUAUGUAAAUGCUUGCUAUCCUCUUUUUUUUGGGUAGUCUAACAUCAUGGCACAAUGAAAAUAUCAGAUUCUAUUGGUCUGACAUUAACCCAGAAGUAACUGCCAGGGUGGCUGAGUUUUUGUCAGUAGUAUCUCUUAGAGUGGGAAGAAACUCCACCGAAAAUCCUCGUUAUUAAAUAUUUUACAUGCCUGUUUAUUUGUAUAUAUAAAUAUAUAUAUGGAUGUUUUAUGAUGGCCUAUAUUUGCAAUGCCUAAUAAAGGUUUGGCAAAGUAAGUAAGACUCAAUCAGAAAAGAAAUAGCACAGUAGUUUUCCUGUAGGACUAAUUGCAGUCGUUAACAGUCAACAGGUUUACCAUAUCCAUUGGGUCAAUCUCCCAUCUCCUAUUACCCUUAUGAGAAAAAACCCACCCCACCCUCCCACUAUAUAUAAGGGUCUAGUGACUUCUGUUUCGGUGUAUCUGAAGAAGUGUGCAUGCACACAAAAGCUUAUAUCCAGAACAAACUUAUUUGGUCUCUAAGGUGCUAGUGGACAAAUUUAUUUAUUUAUUUAUGCCCAAAUAGAGUUAUAAAAAGGAAAGCUGCAAUAAACCUUGGCAGGGGUUGGUAAUCUUAAACCAUAUUUCUAAUGUUUGUCUAUCUCACGGGCUGCUACUAAUAUAGAAUCUAUGUAAGAAAUCAUCUUGAUAUUUAAUCCUGGCUUUAUUUGUGAUUUUAAGGGAUGUACUACUUCAGAAAUUUGAAAACUAUAAACCCGAAAUGCAAGAGAUUAUAUGUGUUGCUGAUCAGUUGGGUUCCCUAAUGCAAUAUGAGACCCCUGGAUUUCUUCCAAACAAGAGAGUACAUAGAGGUAAACUGGAAAAACUUUAUUGAAAUAUGGAAUUAAAAGUAUAAUGGCGCUUGCUGUGAUUAGCAUUGGAUAUUCAGCAAUAAAACAUGCUCUAUUCAUAUGGCAGUUCAGCUUAUUCAUACAUAAAAGAAAACUACUAAUAAUUAUUACAGUCCAUUAUGUACUGUAAAGUGUGAAUACUUAAUGAGGCAGCAACCUCCAGUGAUAUUAAAUAUUAGAUCCUACGCAGUCAUCCACUUGCAUCUCUUAGACUGCAAUUCUAUGCCCACUUACUUAGAGAGUAAGCCUUACUGAACAUAGUAAGGGCAUGCAUAAGGUAAAGGUAAAGGGGCCCCUGACCAUUAGGUCCAGUCAUGACUGACUCUGGGGUUGCAGCGCUCAUCUCGCUUUAUUGGCUGAGGGAGCUGGCGUAAAGCUCCCGGGUCAUGUGGCCAGCAUGACUAAGCCGCUUCUGGCGAACCAGAGCAGCACACGUAAAUGCCCUUUACCUUCUUGCCAGAGCGGUACCUAUUUAUCUACCUGCACUUUGACGUGCUUUCGAACUGCUAGGUUGGCAGGAGCAGGGACCGAGCAACAGGAGCUCACCCUGUCGCGGGGAUUCGAGCCGCCAACCUUCUGAUCGGCAAGUCCUAGGCUAUGUGGUUUCACCCACAUAGCCACCCGCAUCCCUCAAGGGCAUGCAUAGAAUUGCACUAUUUUGUUGCUUCAGCUUCUGCCUCACGUUUAGAUGUCAAGUAUAAAUGUGAAUGGGCUUCACUGGUAACCUACUUCUGUUUGUUGUUCAGCAAUGGGGCUAGCUGUGAUAGAAGUAAUGCAAGCUGUACAGAGAACGUGGGUGAACUCGAAAGUACGAAUUAAUGGAAAAACCAGGCUGAUGCAGUGGAGAGAUAUGUUUGACAUUGCUGUGAAAUGGCGAAGGUAAUAAAGGAGGAAAUUUAGUUUGUGAAUUAUUAUUAUCAAGAGUACUAAACUGUAGGCUAAGCAAGUAUCGACUUUAUAAAGGCAGAGGCAAAGUGAACUGAGGAAGUAUUUAUAGAUUUUUGUGGUUCCUACAUCCUUACUUCUGCUGUUGAUUACAUGAUUUAUAGCCCUGUCUAUGUGACUACUUCACAAAACCUAUUUAAUUCUUCUAAUAAGGGCCAUCCCUGGAGGCUGGAGGCCACAGGGCAAAUCAUAGUGUUUGGACCUUCCUAUACUGCUUGAUCCAGGCAUGUUGGGUUUUUCUUUUCUCUCUUUCACAAUGCUUUCCUCCCCCUACUUCACCCCUUAUGCAAAUUCUAAUUUUACAUUUCAUAUUAGUAUGCACAUUGUGUAUCAUAUAGGGCGAUGCAUAACUUGAAUCUUUAAUCCAACUUCUUAGAUCAAGAAACAAAAGUUCUUUCUCCUUGCAAACUAAAGUAAAUAAAGUUAAGUCCAUUAUUUCAUUCCUCUUAACAUUUCAGAUUUGGUUAUAGCAAUAUAGUUGUACAGAACAUCACCAAGAUAACCUUGAUUUCCUGAAGAGCUAACCAGUUUUGUAAGAUGUAAAGGCUCAGUGAUUCUCCAUUCUCUCUGUCCUUCCCAUUCUCUUCCUUGGCAAUGUUGCCAGCUGCCUUAUGAAUGCGGACGUGUUGCAGUCGGGCCCCAAUCCUCCUCCUAUGCUUAUGUUUUUGCAACUGUAAGAGGGCUUCCAGGUCAGCAUUUGGGGUGCAUUCCCAGGCAGUGCUGCUGGCCAUGGGUGUCAUUAUUGGUGCUGUGUUAUGGUGAGGUGCCCCCCCAAAGUCCAGAUUGGUUGCCCAGAUUCCCCCCACCACCGCCCCACAUCCCUUAGGAAUUAGUUUGAUUCUGAUCUCCAAGUUAAUUUCCUCUAACUCUUGAGGUUAGCCCAUUAUUGUAGGUGGAAGAAAGCAAUAAAAGCUUUCUUUAAAAAUAGAUGAAAAAAUUAAACCUGAAUUAAUACAACUACCAAAUCUGUAAGCAGUGUUGAUGUUGUGUCUCUUUACAGGAUAGCUGACCCAGACCAGCCUGUACUGUGGUUAGACCAAAUGCCAGCUCGAAGUCUUAGCAGAGGCUUUAAUAAUCACAUCAAUCUAAUCAGGUAUGAUGCUUUAGUGAAACCUUGUUUGCAUAAGAAAUUGUGCCAGAAUCACACAUUUUGCACAUAGGAGUUCUCGGUGUUAGGAUUUCUGAACUUGUAUUCUGACAUUUUCUUCUUCAAAUGAGUAUGUAAUGUAUUGCAUGUUUUAUAGCCCCCUUUAGAUAUUUCUUUUUCUUUUCCUGAGGAGCUGGAAUUGUACAUCUACACUGUUUUGGAGUCCAACAAAUAAAUCCAAUAUCUUUCAGUACUGCCUUCUGUUAGGUAAUUUUCCUACACAGAAACCCACAGCUAUGCUUAAAAUCUUGCCAGGCAUUUCUGAAAGGUAAUAUAUGCAGCACAACUGAUUCAUUAUUGCAUUAUGCUUCAUCACAAGCCCACUCCUCUUCAAAGCAUAGCUUAGCAAUUGUUGUAUGUUCCCUCUUCUCCUAUACUACAAAACAAGAUAUCUGGUAUUAGAGCAGCCACAAAGAAGGAAAGGCAGGGAACACUACAAAAAUAUUGUCAAUCACAGGGGUUUAGACUAAGGAGCAUAUAUUUAAGCUGCCAAAGUUUGUAAGUUUCCUAGUAAGAACUUGUUGCAUUCUUGCUUUGACCAAUUACUUCUAUUUCUAUUUCUUUGUCCAAUCUUUACCAAUAGCAUCAACCUUUCACUGUACAAGCUGGAUAUUUUACACUCAGUUUGGGUCCUUCCGAUUUUUAUUUCCUUGACUUCAUUUAUAUUCUUUAACUAGAUCCAUAUCAAACUUUUCUGAAAAUCUAAAGUCAAGUUCUAAAAUCUGCUUGGCAUAGAUAUAUGCUGACUGCAUAACUACAAGGCCUACCAUGAAAGUGUGGUAACUUCUAAUUCACUUGUAGACUCACUGCAUUCUUACUAGAUCCAUCAUAGCUUAUUUUGUAGUGUGAAAUGUCUUGUCAUCAGCAUAGAAAGUGUUUGACAGGCAGCAGUGGGUUGUGCUAGAAGUGGAAAGUUUGAAUAAAUAAUUUGGAACUAUGAUUUCUCUGCUCCUUUUAGAAAAAAAAAUCUUCUGCUAAUAUGAUUCUUGCUUUUCCAUUUACUGCAUUGAUGAAUCUGCCUUAAGCUGCCACUUCUUUCCAGGCUUCUUUUCAUCGCUAUUAUUAUGCAGUUCUUGUUUAGUCAUAGCAGGUUUAAUUAAACUAAUUAAGCACCACUGGCUCAGGUAAGUGAAAUUAAAGACAAGUGGCCUAAUUAACCCCUGUGAUUGACAAGUAGCUUUGUCUCUUGGUAUUUGCGGCUAUAAAGCUUGCUCUAUGAAAUCUUGUUUUGUAGACUUGGAAACGAGAAGGGACUUCAACAAGUGCAAUAAUGGUAUGUAGUUUUGCCUUUGGUAUAUGUGUUUGUGUGGCUAGCUGCGCCCUAGACAUAUCUUUUUACUGUUCAUGAAUGUUUGGACAAUUACAUCAACAACAUUCUAGAUGGAAAACAAAAAUUCGUGUUUGCAAGCAGUGCUCAGAAUGAAAAUUUAGCUGGAGAGUUUAAAUAGAUAUAAGCAAAUAUAAUCCAGUGGGCAUAAAUCUUGAAAUGAAUGAUCAGUGCAUGAGUUUUCAUUCAUUUCAUUUCAAUGGCUCUGGUUUGGGGGAAAAUAUUGAUGAAUUAUGGGCAGUCUGUGUAACCAUAUCCUGAGCAGGGCUGAAAAGUUGUAUUAGGUGAAAUAUUCCCAUUCCUAAAAUGAUUACAGCUUUCCAGUGCAUGCAUAAUGUUGAGUAGCUCAAUAAGUUCAUAGGGCUCAAGUUUAAGACUUCAAUAUUAUAAAUAAUUUUUUAUAGAUGUAGGAGUCUGCUUGCCUGUAAAGACAACCUCAGUACAGAAACAAAAUAAAACUCAAAUUAAUUUUAAUUUUAUAUAGUUACAUCCUUUUUCUUCUAAAUGCUAACAAUGACUCUUGUCAGUUUAAUAUUUUUAAAGAGAAUACACAAAUUAUCAAAGAUUAAAACUGUGUGGUACAAUCUGCUAUUUGUCAAAGUUGCCUUGUAAAUAUCACUUGAAAAAUGUUCUGUUAACUGUGCAAUCUAUGCAAAUUUACUCAGCAGUAAGUUCCAUUAUUUCAAAGUCUCAUUGAACCCAAUGAGUCUCAUGGAACCCUUCUAAGUAGAAACGCACAGAUUUUUGCUGUAACAUGUCCAUAAUGCUUUGCAGUGCACAAAAGUUCUCUGGCAAGUAGAGUCCCUUGAACAAAGUUUGAACUCCAGUGUUUUACCACAUAGAAAUCAUAUAUGUACUUUCACAAAUGGUAUGUAAAUGCUUGCUAUCUGUUUAAUGUCCCGUUUUAAAAAUGUUCUUCUCUGCAGGGGACAAGUUGUUAACAUAAGAUAUCUGGAAUAUUUUGAAAAGAUGCUUCAUUUUAUCAAAGACAGGAUCCUUGUUUAUCAUAGGUAAAUAAAUUCUUCCUUUUCCUGCAUUAAUACGGCAAAUUUUUAUAUAGUGUUCAAGAAUUAGGUGCUGCACAGUAAUAUUUAAAACAACCUGCCUGCAGGCUUACAAUCUAAACAAGAUGAGACCAUGGGGAGGGAAAGAAGAGAUUAGAACCAAAUAUUUAGGAAAUGGUUUGAAACAUUGCAUAAACAAUUGAAAAGACAGAAGGGUGCAGAUUUCAGGUGUCAGUGAGGUUCAGAGAAAAGAGAGCAAGUGAUGAUGGAAACGUGAAAUAGAAAUGACUUGAGAUUUUUCAAAGAAGAAAGCAUUGGCUGAGCAAAGAUAAUAAUGCAGCGGGAGAGAAAGAAAAAGGGUGACAGAUAAGGAGGGGCCGAAAGGUAAAAGCAUAGUAACGAAUAAUUUCUGAUAAGGAGAUGAAUUUCAAUAAAUGGAUGUAACGCAGGAAAAAUAUGGGCAAAUUGAGAUACAGAAUAAACCGAAUGGGCAACAGAGUUAAGAACAGAGAGGAGAGGGUGAAGCUGAAAAACUGGCAAACCAAAAAGAAGCAUGAGAGAAUAAACAAAUGCUUUUCCAGUAGCAGGAGACAAAACUAUCAAAAUUUAGCAACGUUUAAAACUUGGACGUUGGCAGUUCUGACUGUCAGAUUGACUGUAUGCAGCCAGGAGGCUGAGGCAAGUUUGAAGAUGAUGAAGGAAAGGUGUAAACUAUGGUCAGGGAAAGCCAGGCCAAUGAGAAUGCUGAAGAAGAAGAUUUUAGAAGAUCUAUUUUUGUUAUCAACAUAGAAGAGAAUGGAGUAGCAGCAGAAGGGGAAAGAAGACUAAAAAAGAGCCAAGAGAAGAAAACUAAUCUGUAUUUAUUGAGAUAAUUGUUUUUUAAAAGUCUUAACAGGAGAGAAGAUGAUGAAGAGUAAAGAAAUGGAAGCAUGAAUGUGUAAGGAGUAAAAGCUGAAGAGCAGCUGGAGUGUCAAGUUGAAUAUGGGAAAUGCCCUUGCUCAGUGGUGAAGCUCACUCAGUGACUAUGAAGAUGUCACUUUAUUUCACCCUAAGAGUCAGUCACUGUUCCAGAAUCCUUUAAGGGUGGAGUAGAACAUACAUAUAUAUUAAGAUUACAAAUGAAAAUAGAAAGAUGGAACAACGGGUCAACAUAUAUAUUUUUAACACAGGACAAUAUCGGGAAGGGAAAGGUGUAGUAAUAACAGUAUGUACUGCUUCAGUCUGCCUUGUUCAACAUAACUCUAAACUAUAUUUUAGUUAUUGCUAUGGAAAUAAUCAUGGAUGAGCCUCAAGUUCCCAUGCUCCUCCUGUGGAGCAGCUCUGAUGAGAUCAGAUGUGUUUGUCCCAGUUUGGACAUAAUGGUAGACUGUGGUUAGUUUUAAUGAUGGUUGAGGUUGCCUUAAUCAGAUAAACUGUAGGUAAAACUAAGGGCAGUUUAGCCCUUUCAUACCUACUGACAACCAUGAUUAGUUGAAAAUGGAAGCAAAUGCUUUCAGUCUCCUUGCAGUCACAUCAGAAAAGGGGACACGGGCUCAUUAUAACAUUAAACUAUAAAGAGUGGUGUGAAACAGGGCUGUGUUCUCGCCCAACUCUCUUUAGCAUAUUCUUCUCCCUGUUGCUCUCAUAUGCAUUCAGCUUGACUGAAGACGAUGUGUUCAUUCAAGGAGCAAUGGGGGUCUGUUCAAUCUGGCACGUCCCUGCACCAAGAAAAGUGCAGCGGGUCCUUAUCUGAGAGACGUUGCUUGCAGAUGACACAGCCUUGACAGUGCACUCUGAGAAAGCUCUACUGAGACUCAUCAACCGUUUUGCCCAAGCCUGCAGGGAGUUGGGCCUUACCUGACAAAGACUAACAUCCUAGGAAAUUGCAAAUACCAAGGUCUACCAGACUUGCAUGUUGAGCAUGCUGCUUUAUGGAAGUAUGUUGUGGGCAACUUACAACCAUCAGGAGUGAUGCAUCAAUGCCUUCCAUAUCCACUGUGUCAGGAAGAUUUUGGAUACCGCAUAGCAGGACAGAUUUUCAAUCAAAGAUGUGCUUUCCUAAACCCACAUUCCUAGCAUGCUUGCACUCCUGUCUCAGCAGCGUCUACACUGACUAGGUCAUGUCCACAGAAUGGAAGAUGGCAGGAUCUCCAAGGGCAUGCUCUAAAGGGAGCCCGCUUCAGGCACUAGGCCCAUUGGCAGACCAACUCUGCCAACAAUGUCUACAAAAGUGAUAUGCAUGAACCCUGCCAUGUGGGAAUCCCUUGCAGAUGACAGCAGUGCCUGGAGACAGACAGAUAGGUCAGUAUCCAUAAUGAUGAUUGGUGGAGGAAUGACCAUUGGGAAGAGCGCAAAGAGAAGAAAUCCCGUGGUGCAUCUGCAUCAGCACAACCAGACACCUUCAUCUGCCCCAGCUUCAGUGAAACAUGUCUCUCCUGUAUCUCUCUCUACACCCACAGCACACUUUUCCAUCGUCUCCCAAGACACACGGAUGCCAACCAGGUUUAACUUUGUAUAUAAAUAGGUUAUCUUGUAUAGGUUAUUUUCUCAGUAACAUAACCUAGGUAUGCUAAAAAGCUAUUGUCUUUUCUUGUUAGAAUAUGUUCACAUUAAUAUAAAAACUAGAACAAAAUAUUUAAUUGAAAUCCUAUUGAACCCUUUUGUCUAACCAUUUAGUGCUAAUAACCACAAAGAACUAGUAGACGUUCGAGAAGCUCUGGAGCAAGUGCAAAAAGUAGAAGAUCUUCUCCCAAUAAUGAAGGUAGUCUUUCUAUCUCCCCCCCCCCCCAAUUCCUCUCCCAUCCCGCAAAAUAACUGUAUUUUUGUUAAUAUUAGAAAUAAGAUUAUGCAAAUAACAUUAGUUAGUGAUGAUCCUUCAAAUUUCAUGUGAAAGUGGAAAUGGACUUAAAGUUACCAUUUUAAACUUGGAUAUGAUUUUUUUCUAGUACACAAUGAGGGUUUGCUGAGGAAGUUCAUUUUGCAAGGGAAAGCUCACUAAACUCCAAGCUAGUUUUCUGUGUAUUACAGUGUUUUGUAACAAAUUGUGGGUGUUUAUUAGUGUCUCUUGGAAUGAUGAAGGGGUUUUUAAUUGCAAAAUUGUCCAUAGUAAAGAAAAUAAGCUCAAUGGAUCUUACUGCAUUUUAAGUACUCAUUACAAGGAAGACUUAACAAAUACCACAUAAAUGAAAAGAUACAAAUAGCAUGAAAUGAAAGAGGUGAAUAACUUUGAGUAGGAAGCCAACACUUCAUUUGUCAGAGUGGGUCAUGUGUUACUUAUUCAUAGGGUCAAACUGGCAGAAUUUCACAAUUUAGCAACCGUUUUAGCUAAAAAUAAUCCCCUCUGAGAUUGAAUGUAUAACCUUGAGGGUGCUGUUUUCUAUUAGUUGAAAGCGGUUAGCUGAAUAAUUCAAUAAUUCUCUAAAGGCUGUUGACAAAAUGGUUUUCCUGUGUAGGUCCUGACUUCCAUGUCGGAAGAAGAAUGUCAACAUGCAUCUGAUAUUUGAACAGGAAAAUAUGAAAUAGCCCAAGUAUCAACAACUAGGGAAAACUAUUAUCUCUUCUAUGUUUUUAGCACAUCUCUGUUGUGUGGUAUGCCUAAAAAGAGCUCUAACAUAUUUGCAUAUGUUUAGCGAGGCCAUAGUCCACAAAUAGUAAACCUUCCUUACUUUUAAGAGCUCCCCUGAGUGCGAUAGGUGAAAUUCUUUUAGCAGUGAGAGAAAAAAAUGCAUGUUAGAUGUAAACUUUAAUGGGAAAGAAACCUUGCUAUAUUUUUGGCCACAUGACCCUGGAAGCUGUACGCCAGCUCCCUUGGCCAAUAAAGCGAGAUGAGCGCCGCAACCCCAGAGUUGUCUGUGACUGGACCUAAUGGUCAGGGGUCCCUUUACCCUUUACCUAGUUAUGUAGCAUAAAGGAAAGCUUAUAUUGUCUUAAUUGUAAUAUGGAACAAACAAACAAAAUCCACUUUUUGAUAUUUGUUUGAAAGCAGCUCCACAGUAAAACAAGAGAUGGAUUCACGGUAAACACCAAAGUCCCAAGCCUCAAAGAUCCAGGAAAAGAGUAUGAUGGAUUUACUAUCACCAUAACAGGAGAUAAGUAAGCUAAGUUUCUAUUUUAUAUCAUGUAAACUACAGGCAAAAGCUUACUAGUCUUUAUUUUAAUUAUUUUUUUAAAAAAUAAAUUGAAGACAGUGUUAUAGCACUCAAAGGUUAGGCAAAUUUCAAAUAUGCUUGGUUUUCCUUCUGUAGUAAACUUUGUCAGCAAAGCUGCAUUUUAUGUGCUUUAAUGUAGUAUUAAUUUAAUAUAUUUACACCCAUAUAAUCCAUGCAAACAUGUCCUAACACUUAACCAAAAUCUGACUUUACUAAAACCUUGUAAGUUGUAUACACUUAUUAUAGUUUUAUCCUUAUCCAUAUUGGAAGCUUCUCAGGUAUACAGUUUGGAUGGCACAUGUUACCCACCCUUGUUCUUGCUGCUUAUGCUCCCCAGUUAAUAUACUAGUAUAACAACUCUUCUUCUGUGAAAAAGGGGGGGAGGGAAUCAAAGCAAUAUUCUGUAUUUUUCCUUUUCAGGGAUACUCACUAAAUUUUUAUAUGGGCAAUGUAGUAGCUAAAGGGUAGGUUCCACCAGGUCCUGCUUCUGCCCAUUCAUAAUCAUCUCGCCAUAUUUGUGUGAGUGUGUGUUUUAAAAAAGAUUAAAAAUAUUACCAACUAAUUAACAAAAAAUCUGCUUUGUCGUUUUAUGUUGCCUUUUCAGUUUUGAUAUUUGGUCUCUGAAGCCAAAGUAACAUUGCACUCAUUUCUAUAUUCAACUGGAAAUUAUUGAAAUACAUUUUAGAGCAACUUAACCAAUCGUAUAUAAUCUGUAUGCAUUUGUAUGUGUUUGUUUAUGUAUGUGUUGUUGAAUGUAUUUGUUUAUUUUAAAAACAUGCCUCUGAUGCAGACAUAUAUUUUCAGGAUUGGGAACAUACUAUUUUCAGUUGAAACGCAGACAACAGAAGAAAGAACACAACUGUAUCAUGCAGAAAUAGAUGCUCUUUAUAAAGACUUAACUACCAAAGGAAAACUACUUGUUUCAUCUGCAGAAUCUGGGGUAAGAUCUUGCAUUAUGUAAUUAGUUUUUAGUAUCAUGAGCCCAAAAGGUCUAAGAGCACAGGCAGGCUGAUACACAGAGAGAUGUUUCUUCAGAUAUUUGCAUCUCAAGGCAUUUGUAAACCACCCUGUGAUCACUGGUUGAAGGGUGGUAAGCAAAUUGUCAUCAUCACCAUCAUCAUAGGCUUGGCAUGUCAACAUCAGCACCUUGAAUUUUGUCUCAGAAGCAUAUAGGCAGCUUUUCAAAAUGUUUCAACAAACCAUACCAGUUUACAUUCUGACAGCCACAUUCUACUCCAAUUAUAGCUUUUGUAUCCCCUUCAAGGGCAACAUCAUGUAAGACCAGGUUAUAACCAGGAAGUUACCAAACCAGUGACCAUCGUGGCCAAGCUAUUCUGGUCUGGGUGAACCAGAAAAAGUGACCCUUUUGGUCUGUUCAUCAAAUUACUCACUAGCUGCUCUAGAGAGCAGUGCAUGAGGAGGAAAGGUAUCAUUUGAAAGGGAUUGCCAUAUCCUUUCUGUAAAAGUAAAUUUCAAAAUUCCGCAUGUCAGUGUUUUUUGGACCAAUAUUCUUAGGGCCAAAAUGGACACAAUGGGUGGGUGGGGGGUUGUUGCUGUUAUUGUUGUUAGUUUUUUGUAUCUUUAUUUUAGAUGUUGUUAUGGAUGUUGAUGUAGAAAUUGUUUCAAUUUGGUUGUUUACUUUUUUAUUUUAUUUUUUGUUUAUGACUACUUUUGUUACGUUCAUCAUUAUGUAUUUUUUCAUGUUGUGAGCCACAUUGAGCAUGGUUUUAACUCUGGAAAGACGGCAUGCAAAUAAAAUUAUGUAUAUAUGUUAGUCCAAGCACACCACUGAAGUCACCUGAGCCUCAAGUGACAGCGCUGGGUCAAGCACAACCCCAGACUAUGCAUCUAAAGCUAUAUGUCCAGCCAAUUCUCAAACCUGAGAACCAACCUACCCAUAGGACCUGUGUCUUGUCAGGAUUCAGCCUCAGUUUAUUGGCCCUCAUCCAGCCCAUUACUGCUUCCAGGCACCAGUCCAACACAAAGUAUUAGUUAAAACGCAUGCCAUCACUAUAAAAUAUUUAAGAGAUUACUCCUAUUUAUGGUUAAAUGCAAUGCAUUGUUUAAACAUUUUAAAAUUUAUUUUUGUUGGGCUGGAUCCAGAGUGUCCUUUCUGUGAACAGCCUUUUUCCAUUUGUGGAACACACUGAGAUACAACAGAAGCUCCCUCGGAAGGAAAGGGGAGGCUCUUUUCUCUCAUUCCCCCUAAAUGCCACCUCCCACACAAGGAUGCCUUGUCCUCCCAAGAGCUAUUGGCUAAAAUCUGAUCCCCACCCUAGCUUCUUCCAGCAGGAAUUCUGCUCACAGGAGCUCUGGAUCCAACCCGUUUUUAAAAUCUCUUAUCUGUCCUUUCUGUUCCAUUACUAUUCAAGGUAACUCACAAUCUGACACACACCCCAAAAUUAACAUGGCAGAUAAAAAAAAUGCUUUUUAGCACGGCUUGAGAAACAACCACAUUAUAUACAAAGCUUAGAAGGCCUUAGCAAAUGAAACAUGUCUAUAUCGCUUACUGUCCUAUAUACACCUUUUCCUGCUUGAAUGCUGCUUCUUGUCAUGCUACAACUACCAACUUAAUAAAGAAUUAUACAGAUAAUAAAAUACUGCAUAUUGCAGAAUGAAAACAGUUUAUUUCCAUAAAUUCCAUUCAUUUAAUGUAAUUUGCUUGGUGCAUGCAGUUUUCUAUUGCUAUUUUGAUUUUUCAGGCUAAAUACAUGGUUUUAUUUUUCUUAGGAGUCGGAUGCUGUGUGCAGUCUAAUCCUGUCUCUCGUAUAUUAUUUCUAUAACUUAAUGCCUCUGUCCAGAGGGUCCAGGUUAGUAUCUUUCUUCUUAUGUAAUAACUGUAUCCAUAAAGAUUACAUUGUGCACAGUGAUAUGAGAUCUUACCUUACCAGUUCUUCUUUCUCCUGCCCCAAGUCCUAAACACUUUUACAUAAAUGUUGGCAGUCAUAUUAUUCUUGUGUGCAUCUUUAAUGAGAGAACAUUUUCUCCAUUUUGUAGUAGAUGUAUUUCUCAUUUUGUAUUUGACAUGUUAAAACUUUAAAACUUGUCUUACACUCUGCAGUUUUUUUAAAAUACACUUGAAAGUAAGUCCUGUUGCACUCAAUGCAGCUUACUUCUGUACAGAAUUGCACUAUUAAGCUCGAUAUAGCAAUAUUGAAAUUAAUACAGCCAGGUCACAAGUACAUUGCAUUGAAUUUAAAUAUUUAUGAAAAUGGAGAAUCUCUUAACCUUUAAAAGCAGUAAAAUAUGUUCUUGUGUUUCCAUGGAAUGCUUUGUGUGCAUUUUAUUUCUUCUGUUUUUGUUUGUUUCUCAGUGUGGUGGCUUAUUCAAUAGUCAUGGGAGCUCUAAUGGCAAGUGGAAAAGAAGUAUCAGGAAAGAUUCCAAAAGGAAAGGUACACUCUGAAUAAAAUGCCCUGAAAUUUAGAAAAGAGCAGCUUGUGACACCCAAGUUUUUCCCGCAGGUCACACCUGUGUCCAAAAAGUUAUUUAAAGCAUAAUGUGGGGCUAGGUAUGAAGUAAUGCAGAUGUUCAGGAAGCAGUUUGUGAAUACCUGCAACUUCUCAAAAGAUAAAGACAUGUUAUUUUGAAAAAGAAGUGAGAUGUGUGAGAGAGCAUUCUUGUUUCAAUGUGAGAAGUAGACCUAUGGACUGGAAACUGUUGGUGUAGCAAAAUAAUUAAAUAAAGCAGCAGUCCUAAUCUCAGAAGGUGAUGUCCAGUGUUGUCUACCUGCAAAUGGAAUGAGCACCAUUUGCAGAAGUUCUUCACCCUACCCUUUCCCCCUGACCUGCUCUGGAGGGUUAGGGUACCAUCUAGAACUAACUGGAAAUUUGCAUUUGGCAGUGGGGUGGGGAAUAGGAAAAGAGUGUUGGAUAUAUCACCCAGUGGAACUUGCUUCCUAGUAAAUCUAUUUCCUAGAUUUAACUAUCAUUAGGUAAUGUUCCUGUUAUUGUUCUUGGCAGAUGCUAGAAGUGAUGGAGUGUGUUGUAAAUGAGAUGAAAGUUUCUAUGUGAUUAGGACAAUAGUAACUUCUCUUUAUGAUCAGAUGAAGUUUUUCACAUUUUUUGCUUCAAAAUAGUUUGGAACUUUGUGUCUUGCAACAGGAAGCAUCAUCAUCAAUAACAAUAAUACUUUAUUAUUUAUACCGCACUCAUCUAGUCUCUUGUGAUGAUGGUUUUCUUUAAAUUUUAAAUCUUCCCCCCCCUUUAAAUCAUACUAUCAACUUCAGCCUUUCAUUGUUAUACCACAACUGCUAAAAUAGCAUAUUUAAAGCAAACAAAUCCAAAGCAUACAGUUCAGCUCUUCUCGUCUUCCAACUUCCACUACAAAUACCUUUUCGAUGGUGCUAAAUGUGAGGGUAUGUUCUGACAGUGCACUUAUUUUUGCAUUUAGUUAUUUAUAUUUAAUGUGUGUUCCAGCUGAUUGAUUUUGAAGCUAUGACAGCAGCUGGAUCAGAGGCCUUCAGUAAAGUGGCAAAAGAUUGGCUGAAUCUGAAAAGGUAAAAUUGUUAAUGUUGGCUCAAGGUUUUGCAUGUCUUAAAAAAAAGUCCCAGCUUUCCUCAGAAAGACAGUCUUUGUUACUUUGAAAAGUUGAGUUAACAGAAGAGUGCUUUCACAAAUUCCAACUUAUGGCAGCUAUUGCAUUUCACCCUCUGCCCAUAUAUCUAUGGCUGCUGCUUGUGACACUACUCAAAUAUAGUUUGUGAUAACAAUGUAGUUCUUGUUAAACUUAAACCACCACAUCUAAAAGGCCUGGUUCCUAUUAUAAAUUUAAGUAGUACUAAAGUUACAUGAAACAAUAGACCCAAACUAGAAAGAACUGUUUGAAUUUGGCACACCAUAGAGGUCUGCAUGUGUGGCAUUUUACUCUCUAGCGGAAGGGAAAAAUAACCUAAUACAUUAAAUUUCUUUGUGGUUUUCUGGAUUAGAACCAUGGUGAUAAUUAGCUUCCUUCAUUGAUAGUUAUCAUCGCAGUCUACUUAACAGUUCUUCUACAAUAUAUGGUGUUAAAUGUCUGAAAUAAUGAACCAUACUAUUGUGAAACUUGGUAUUUUAAUGCUAGAACAUUUUGAAGACAAAAUGCAUAGGUAGUCACUUGCCCCAAAACUUGAGCAAUAAAGUUCCAGUUGAGUUAAAUUAGCAUUUUUGGAGUGCUUAAGCAAAAAUACAAAAUAUCAGGUUUAUUUCAAACGUAGGUCAUGGACUAUGUUUCUAUUAAUAUUUGCAUUUUCCUUUUCCAGCAUUUCGCCUUCUUACAAGAGUCUCCCACUGGUAUCAGAAUACUUUCCAACAUUAAGAACCAUGAUUGAAGCAUUAAGUACAGAUUCAGCUCAUUGCCUGAAAAGGCUUUAGUUGCUGUGUUAACUUACCUCAAUAAAGAGCAGUGACCACUUUUUUUGUA